UAGCAGACCUUACUCGUGGCCGGCCAUCUUUGAAUCUUUGUACUGACGCAGUUUGUUAGACUUCCUUUUUUAAGGACGUUUAACGACUCUUAUUUUAGCCCAAUGAUGAAUCGAAGCAAUAACAAUAGUAGGCGAGUUUACGUUGGAAACUUGCCUUCUAACGUAGACGAAAGAGAUUUGGAAGAUAUCUUUUACAAAUACGGAGAAAUUGCCGACGUCGACUUGAAAAUUCCUCGUUAUGGUACUGGAGGCACACCGUUUGCUUUCGUCGAAUUUAAUGACCCAAGAGAUGCUGAAGAUGCAGUCAGAGGGAGAGAUGGAUACGAAUUUGAUGGUCAGAGGAUUCGUGUAGAGUUUCCACGUGGUGGACGUGGGGGUGGCCGAUCAGGUGGAGGAUUUGGUGGUGGUGGCUAUGGUGGUGGUGGUGGUGGUGGUGGUGGUGGUGGCGGUGGUCGUGGUCCUCCUCCACGGCGCUCUGAGUACCGAGUCUUAGUCUCUGGGUUGCCUCCCACUGGUAGUUGGCAGGAUCUCAAGGACCAUAUGCGAGAUGCUGGUGAUGUUCAGUUUACUGACGUUUUCAAGGAUGGAACUGGUAUUGUGGAAUACUCUCGUUAUGACGACAUGAAAUAUGCCCUGAAACAUCUUGAUGACUCCAAGUUCCGUUCUCAUGAGGGUGAAGUUGCUUUCAUUCGUGUAAAACAGGACAAUCCUGGUGGAGGCCGUGGGUCACGAAGCCGUAGUCGGUCACGUUCACGAAGCAGAUCCCCAAGAAGGAAGUCCCAUUCCCGCUCCCGCAGCCCUCGUCGAUCAUAUUCACCAAAGAAAUCCAAGUCCCCUUCCAGAUCACCGAAGAGGAGAAGAUCUGGCUCUCCAAGGCGUUCUAAAUCUCGUUCACGUUCACGUUCAUAGACAUUCCACUGCAUUCCUGUUAUGUGUAGUUCUGUUCUUUAUUGUUUUGAUGUAAGAGAAGGCAUAAAUAGAGUGACGUCUUAGCUGUAACAAAAGAUAGCUUUUUAUUUCUGAUUUUGUGUAGUCAGGCACAUCUUUUACUCUUCCAUGAUAUCAUUUUCAGGGCUGCACAAGCAAAUUGUGAUAUUGGAAAGGAAAGCUAGGAAAGAAAACAACAAUAGAUGUUUCUGCACUUAACUUGCUAAGGAAAUCAGAAACUGGAUAAGGAACCAGUGGAUUAAAAUACCCUCUGGGAACAAUAGGAUCAAUUGGACAUAGGACAUUUUCUUUGGAUAUCAUGGUAUGCAUGGUUUCUCAAUUAUGAUGAUAAACCUACAUCAGAAAUUGACACUUUUUUUAAGACUGCAGAUGGGUAAUUAUGUUAAUGUGAACCCAUUUAAAGACCUUUGAGUUCCAUUUGAUUAAGACAAUGUAUUUGGUUUCAUUUUAAUUUAAUUUUGAUGUAUGUGCAAAAGUAAAAUACUGUUCCAGCAAGCAAGAAUUAAAGAACAGUAAGUCUUAAAUAAUGUGGCUGACUACUGCAUGAUUCUCAGUACUUUACUUAAAGACAAGCAGCAUUCCUGCAUUUUUCCUCUCAAGCAUGCUGUGUUGUUUAAAAUUGAAAGAAAUUAUUGACAAGUUAACUUUUUAUAAUUCUGUGACAGAUCUAAAGCUGUCUGGAGGAGACCGGAUCCUCUCAUGUCAGUGAUCACGGAAUAGCAUAGGAACUGGAGGUCAGCUCCAGUACAGUUUUGGGACAGAACAUUGGAAACAAUCAGGAGUCAAUUUUUUGGAACUCAUUCAUUCGCCAGGAUAGGAUUUGGAUGUAAACUCUUUUGGCAGUUGCCAACAUUUUUGGAGGAAAAUCAGAGUUUUGGAUGGAGGAAAAGCAAUGACUAUCUUUCAAAUAUAAUGGUCUCUCAAAGUACUCUUCCAUGGAGGGUAGCCUCAAUGUGGUAUGAUGUUUUACAAGUUCAGUUUAAUGAAAUUUCCAAUUAAACCAAACAUAAGCUCAUCCAAAACAUAUCCUAAGAAAAAAAAAUGACAUUUUAUUCCUUCCAAUGUGAGGACUUUCCCCCUGUUUGUGCUUCAUAACAAAGGGUAGUGGUCUAUUACUUUCUUUCUUGCACCAUGUUGCAUGUGUUUUGACUAACAUUUUUGCUUCAGGAACACAGUCUACCGGAUUUGCUUGCAGAAAACGAAUGCAGGGAUGUGAAGUAACCAGUUGACAAGUAUCCUAUCGUUGAGGUCAUGUCAUAUACAUACAUGAUUAUCAUUGUUUGGUCAAACUGAGUAAAAGUUAUUAUGGAAUCACAAA